AUGGGGGCAGCGGUGACGAGCGGCCGCGCGGGGCGGGAAGGGGAGGCGGAGCGGAGGGAGGCGGAGCGGAGGGAGGCGGAGCGGGGGAGGGGAGGCGCAGGGAGGGGAGGGGGAAGGGGGGAUGCGGGCGCGUGUGGUUUGGGUGUGGAGGAAAUGGAGCGAGGGGACAGAGGGGAGGGACAGCUCAGGGAGGCGAGUGGGGUGCGUAAGGCACGCCCACCUGGUGGUCACUCCGGUGGCUGUACUGCUUGUGGAGCUGCUGCGAUCCCACUGCUGUCCCCACUCCCACCUCUCUCCCUCCCUUCCUUCUCUAACCCCCUUUUCCCCUAUCCCCGCCCCGCCCCUCUAUUCCCCAGGUGGUCACACCCGAGCUCAACGCGCUGCUGGUGGAGGCUGGAGCGGCUGUGA